CCCCUUCUCUCUGUCUCUAUUGAUGCGAAACUCGAUGGCAACAUCUCUACCACAAUCAUCACUCAAAAAUACAGAAACCCGUCAUUAUCUCCAGCUGAGCACACCAAGUACCUCUUCCCCAUUUACGAUGGCUCCGCUGUCACGUCCUUCAAAUGUUGGAUAGGCCCAGACAAGCUGCUCGAGGGAGCAGUGAAACCCAAGCAGCAGGCUCGCAAGGAGUUUGCAGAGGCCGUCUCAAAACACAAGGCUGCUGUCCUCGUCGAAGAGCUAACGCCGGAGAUCUUUGAAACUAAUCUCGGCAAUAUCCCCGGCGAAACAGACGUGACAGUUCAAAUCACCCUAGCUACUCGAUUGAAAAGUAAUCAAACGACCGGCGCGACAACCUUGACCAUUCCAACCAGUGUGGCCCCCAGAUAUGGAGACCGACCAAAGGGGUAUGAUCAGCCUGAUACUGCAGGCAAAGAGGCUACAGCAACCCAAGAUGCGCUCCACAUCAAGGUCCAUGUCUCCAUGCCUGAGUCAAUUAAGAAAAUCGAGUCGCAGACCCAUCUGAUCUCCGUGGAUCUUGGUUCUGAGGCCGGUGCCUUUGACCCACGCAAGGCGAGCGCUUCUCUAGUCGGGCGCUCCGCAGCCUUAGGCAAGGACUUCGUUCUCACCAUCCUGUCCGACUCGAAGGAGUUGAAGGUCUCUCGAGCUCUUGCCGUGCCGCAGCCAGACUCCCAAAAAGCCACCAUCGCGCUCACACUGAGCCCUGGCGAUCUGUUCCGGAAGAAAUUCCGUACCCACGAUUUCACCGGCGAGGUGAUUUUCAUCGUCGACCGCUCCGGGUCCAUGCGUGGUAAAAUGCCCGCACUGCGGGAUGUGAUGAAUGUCUUUGUGCGAAGUCUUCCGGAGCACUGCUCCUUUAACAUUGUCUCUUUUGGUACACACUAUUCCUGGCUCUGGGAGACCUCACAACAGUACAGUGAAGCCACCCUCGAAAAAGCGGAUAGCGACAUCGCUGGCUUUUCAGCCAAUUAUGGCGGCACCGGGGUCUUGAAAGUGCUGGAAAGCAUCCCAAUGCAUUUCAACAAACAAGCCAAUGUACCAACCAACGUAAUUGUCCUGACGGAUGGAGAAACCUGGGACGUCGAGAACGUGAUCAAAUUCGUCAGAGAGAUGGCAUCCACACCGGAAAAUAACAUCCGCUUUUUCGCCUUGGGAAUUGGAGACGAGGUUUCCCAUCGACUGGUCAACGGCAUCGGGGUGCAAGGUGGCGGAUGUGCCGAGGUGAUCAACGACACCCGGUCGUCUCUAGUCUGGCAAGGGAGCGUGAUCCAGAUGCUGAAGAACGCAUUGACACCUUCUCGGUUGCGAUGCUCAAUCAGUUUCGCUGGGCUGAUGCAGAACGGAGUCAAGGGGAUCCAGGCACCUCACACCAUUCCACCUUUGAACGCUUUUUCCCAGCAUUCAGUCUACUAUAUGCUUGAAAACGGAGUCGAAGAGCUACCGGACACCCUGACCGUCACGGCCACCACGGACGACGACAUGAUUCUAUCCACGGAGCUACCCAUCCACCGAAGCGACACCCAAAGCAUCCACCACCUCGCCGCGAAAGCUUUCAUCGAAGACUACGAGACCGGCCAUAGCUGGCUCCACGCAGAGCACUCCGCCCUCCAAGCAACCGACCAAGACGCCUUCAACCGCAUGCUCGAACACGAAGCCCAGCAACUGGGCGUGAAAUGGUCCAUCCCCAGUAAAUGGACCAGCUACGUGGCCGUGGACCGCAGCUCGCAGCAAGAGCACGAAUCGUCUCUGGCGCCGGCCGAGCGAGACGAA